CUUGCUCCCACUCCCCUGUUUUUUUCCCUAAUUUCUUUUGCCUUUCCACCCACAACUCCCAUGGCGGCAUCACCAUCGCUGCUCUCUGCAUUGCUCCUCAACCACUUCCUUCUGGUCGUGGUGGAAGGAUCGUCGUCGUGGUGCGUGGUUCGAACCGACGCAAGCUACCAGGCGCUGAAGGCGGCUCUGGACUACGCGUGCUGGGCCGGAGCGGACUGCACUCCGAUCCAGUCGAACGGACUCUGUUUCCUGCCAAACACCAUCCAAGCUCACGCUUCCUACGCAUUCAACAGCUUCUACCAGCGCAAGGGCAUGUCCCCUGACUCCUGCUACUUCUCCGGCACCGCGAAUAUCGCCAGAACAGACCCCAGUGCUAUGGAUCUUGCGUCUAUCCAGGAUCUCUCAGUGCAGCAGGCGGGGCAAUUCCAACCCCAACACCGCCAACUAAACCCUAUUCAUUCACACCGCCAGCGACCACCACCACUACUAAUCCGACCAUCAUCACCGGCCUUGCUCCACCGCUGCCUACCAACACCGACAACUCCAGAGCUUCCAUCGGGUCCAUGGAUGUUGCAGUGCUACUGCCUGCUGCCUCGGUGUUCGUCCUCUUGUUUAGUUUCUGAACUUCAAACCAACCUGUUGAGUCAGGGAAGCAGCUACUCUUCCAAGCACGGGAAAAAAGCUGCCACAGUUUUGUCAGGAAAAAAGGGUUGCGGAAAGAAACAACUCUGAUUUGGUGCUCCUCAGCUUUCCUCUCAGAUGGUUAGCAAUUGUAUCUAUAAUAACCCUACUGUAGUCACAAUAUUUCUUGUAGGUGUACAGUACAGUUCAUGUUCUUGAAUGUGAAAUCAUAUUGAUUCUCUCUUGAUUCUUGCCAGGCUUCAUUCAGUCAUUUGGUGCUCCUAAUGAAAUCCAGGACGUGGU